GCUUUAAAGUGGAAAAAAAGAGAAAGAAAAAAGAAAAAGAAAGGUGUUUUGAAUCUUGAUUAGUGUGUUUCCCAGGGUGUCCCUUGGAAUCAGUUAAACCGAUGAAUUGUGAUGUGUUUGGUUGAAUGGACAAGAGAGUUUUUGGGGUCCCAUCCCAUUAUCCAUUUCAUUCCAAAUUCAUAUCAUUCCCCUUAUUCCCUUCUGCCUUUGCCUUGCAUUGCAUAGAAUGCGCUUUUGUUAGUUAGUUUCAAUGGAAAUUCAUAACAUCACCAAUUAACUCAACCUCAUUAACACUUUCCAACCAAACCAAACAUAAUAACUAAUAAUCAUAAUGAACAAGAAGGCUUCUGUGUCUAAGGAGCUCAAUGCCAAGCACACCAAGAUUCUUGAAGGUCUUCUGAAGUUGCCAGAAAACCGAGAAUGCGCUGACUGUCGAAACAAGGCACCACGAUGGGCUAGUGUGAACCUUGGAAUAUUUAUAUGCAUGCAGUGUUCUGGAAUUCAUCGGAGUCUUGGAGUUCAUAUUUCCAAGGUACGGUCUACUACUUUGGAUACAUGGCUUCCAGAGCAAAUUGCUUUCAUGGAAUCAAUGGGGAAUAAGAAGGCAAACAAUUAUUGGGAGGCAACAAUGCCUUCAGAUUUUGACAGAAGUGGCAUCACAAAGCUAAUUCAUGACAAGUAUGAAGGAAAAAUAUGGACUAAGAAGAGAAGUACAAAAGCAAUUGCAGAAUCAGGUGAAUCACAAAGCAAUCUCAAUUUGGUUACUGAUAGUCCAAGGAAAGUACGAAGUCUCUCUCUUGAGGAACAAAUUCUUACCAAACACACAACACAACCUGUUUUCGCAAUGGCUAAACCGCGCGCAGGCUCUCUAGAUAUAAAUGAAAGUUAUAAUAUUACUUCAACUUUGUCAGAGGGCCAAAACUCCAGCACCACAAACCUCUUCAGCUUACUUUAUGUCCACGAUGUGAAAAAGGAUAGUACGGCCACCAAACCUUCUUCUUGGGCAACUUUUGAUUGUAAGAUUACAUUCUUACUUGUAUUCUUUUUUGUAGUUUCAAAUCUUAAAAACUUGUUCAUACUAAAUUUGCUAUUGAAUUAGUCAAUAAUGAUAAAAGCCAAUACAACUGAAAAUCUAUGGUGCAGGAGAAACUCUGUUCAGACAAAUGUAAAGGAUUGUAGCAACAAAUUUCAAAAGAGUAUUGUCUUUACAACACAUAACAAGGUCUGCAGUUUAAUUUGGAAGCUUGUUUUGAUGAGGGCAGUGUUUUCUAAUCAUUUUUCACCUCAAAUAAUGUUUGCUCAUUAAAUUAGGCACUUAUGAAAUUUAUUUAUAAUUCUUAGUCUGAGGCUUUGAUUAAAUUUUCAUUGUUUUGGACUUUAUAUGAAAAUUGUACUCACAACUCACACUUGAAAGAAACUACAUACAAAAUAUGUUGAAGUAGUUAGUGAAAUUUUUGCUUCCAA